GCAGGUUGGUGCAGGGGCAAGGAGGAGAGUAUACAUACUAGUAAGCUGCGCGCAAUAGCCAAACAAUUCAUUUCGCACGAUCUCCAAGCGCAGACUGUUUACACUAUAUAAAGGAGAAUUGCGCACGGACGUAUUCAGUCGGAUUUGGAAUUCCGGAGCAAGAUUUUUUUCAACAGAGAUUAUUUUUUUAUCAAGAGGAAAAUCAAGGUUUCCGAGCAAGUGAUGAAGGACCAGUCGUGGAGUGGCAGUUCAGACAAACAGGGCUUUAUUAUCAAGAAAACAUACUGCUCAUUACGCCCCGCUAGUUGCGUUUGAUCAAAAGGAUUUGGCCUUAAAUGCUGUUCGGUUGCCUGCAGCUUUUUCUUCUUAAACAAAUGUACCUAAAUUUGCUAUCUUGACUGCGAAAACUGCACACAGCAGGUGGAAUCCAAUUUAAUUAUAUAGCACUUAGUCGUGUGUAUCAAUCAUCGGCUGGGGUGAAGAAGAUAUAUUUGCUAUUGAGUAUAUAUUUUCAAACUUCUUGCUUAUACCAACUUGUAUUUCAGACCAUCUCCGAGGAGAAAAACCCGACAUAUACAAAAGGGCAUUGGACCAUAGAACUGGAUAUUUUCAAUACUUUGCGUUAGCCGAGACAGCUAAUCGGAACGAUUAACGCAUCGCCUUCCUGGAAUUGCUGAUCUAGGGCUUUUCCUUUCCUGUUUAUUUUUUUAUUCAGAUCAUAAGGUUAAUCCGCCUGGAUUCGUAUAUAGGGGGAAAAGCAAGUCUUAAUUUGGAUAUCGUGUUUACCCCCAAAGAUAUUUUGAUUAUCUAUUUGGAAAAGGAAGACAAACGUGUCAGUUAUAGCUCUAAGGGAGUGAUACAGUAAUAACAAAAGGUUUAGGAUUAUUGCUUAAUUGUGGAGUACGGGAUGCAACCUUUGCUUUUUUUUGGGACCUCAACAUUUUGAAGCGGACCUGCCGACGCAACAACCUGCAUGGGAUUUUAGCCUGCACCUCCAAGCGAUAUAUGGUUGGACGUAGCUGCCACCAGCUGUAGAAGCCCCUAGGCCAGCCCCCCGGCCCGUCAUGUUGGCCUGUCUGCAGAGGAGGCAGAACCCCCCAGCUCAGCACUUGGUGUGUGCCGCCAAGGCCCUGGAAGCACCACACUCCACCAACCGGAAAUGUGACCCGGCCACCCCUACGCACACCACGCGGUACCCCACCGCGGCCGAGCUGGACGCCUACGCCCAGAAGACGGCUGGCAACCCGCUCUCCAUCAAGAUCUUCCCCAGCAACAUCCGGGUUCCUCAGCACAAGCACCUUAACCGCACUGUCAAUGGCCUGGACACCACGGGCCAGCGCUACAGCCCAUACCCGCACUUCCACACGGCUGGCUAUCAGGGCCUGCUGGCCGUCGUCAAGGCCUCACCGGGGCCCAGCGCUAAGGGUGUGCUCAAGAGUGCCGAGGGCAGACGGACUAAGCUGUCGCCGGCCCAGGUGGCCGUAGCCCCCUAUCCUCCCCCCACGCCCGCCGGCCUCGGCCUCGGCCACGGAGCUGCCGCCUAUCGCGCGGCUUCGGCCAAGCCCCUCCCUGCCGAGGCGCCGGCGAUGGCGGUACCCCCUCCCAACGUGACGGUGGCAGCCUCUGUGAUCCCCCUGGGCGGGGGGCGAGGCCUCACCCUGCCGCCGCAGUCCAACCUGCCCUCCAUCCAGAGCAUCAUCUACCAGAUCAACCAGCACUGCCAAGCGCAGGCACUGCAGCAGGUCUGCCAGGGGGUGGUGGUGGCCCCCGCCCCCUCUAACGCCAGCCCCUCCAAGCAGGCCACCUCCUCCUGCUCCUCGGGUGGGGGCUUCGCGGCCAGCCUGGCGGCCCAAAGCGGGCUGGCGUACACCGGCGCGGAGGUGGUCAAGGCAGGAGCCUACGGGGACAGUGUGGACUACCUCCUAUGGCAGCAGCAGCAGCAGCAGAAGCAGCAGCAGCAGCAGGCCGCCCUGCGCAUGUACAGCGGUGGGAGCGGAGGAGGCGGAGCCCUCAGCAAGUCCCCGGAGGCGUGUCUCCCUGGAGGCGGGGCCAUGGGUGGGGCCUCUGCAUCUAGGCCCUACCCACUCCCGGCUAGCAUCAGCGGGGGCGGAGGCUUGGAUAGGCUGGGCUCCUCACCGUUGAACUGUGCCGCCAUGCAUGGCAACUUCUCUGUUGGUCAGUACUUCGCCCCGCCCUGGAACAGCGUGCUGGCGACGCCGGACAGCGACUGCUACAACCCCCAGGAGCUGCCGCCGCCCCAGCCGCAUCCUCACGUGGCCCACGGGCACCUCCACCCGCACACGCACCUUCAUCACCAACAGCACCAACACCAUCAUCACCCCCACGCGGCCACGGACAGUGGUGGGGGCAGCGGCCUGUGCUGUGGCCUGCCCAGCAGGAGCCUGUGCAGUGCCUCCACCCUCAGCAGCAGCCUGCAGUCACUGGAGUACCUGAUCAAUGACAUCCACCCGCCCUGCAUCAAGGAGCAGAUGCUAGGCAAGGGCUAUGAGACCGUGUCCGUGCCGCGGCUCCUCGACCACCAACACGCCCACAUCCGCCUCCCCGUCUACAGAUAAGGAGCCAGCGGGAGUGAGGGGGGGUGCAUGUGGAAGCAGGGGGGCUCUCGAGCGUGAAAAAGCAUAGCUUGCGUGUCAUGCGUGGUGUCGCUUUGAAAGGGGCACAGGAUCGAUCAUAUUGGAUUCAUGGACUGGAAGGACCCUGCUGUUGGUGUCAACGGUGGGGAAAGGGGUGUGGAUCUACUGAGAAGAGCGCCUCCUGCUGGAAUUUCUGUAGUGUAGUUUGCCAACAGGGAUUGUGUGUAUGUGUGUGAGAAAGACGGAGUGUGUGUUUAAAUUGGUUUCCUGCUUUUUUUUUUUUUUUUUAUUUCCUUCGGGACAAUAUUCAAGGCUUGACAUGACAUGCACACAAGCUCCAGGUACCCCCCGACCCCCCGAACACACAGAGCAGACUGGCCCAGUUUGAGGGUUCCUUCCUGGGAGCAGUCAGGGCUUGCUGGUUAACUCCAAAAUGAACACGCAGGAACACAAGUGAACAGACGCAAAAAAAAAAAAAAA